CCAACUAAUUUGUGUUGAGCUUGAGUAGAUAUCAUCACUGUGCACUUCACCAUUGUUGUGCACAGUCAAUCCACAAUGGCAUUUACUCUGGGUCAGUUACUCAGCUCUCGUCACCCGUCACCCGUCACCCACAUUAAAUUACCAAAUAAAAAACCUUUUUCUCUGCUUUAACUUUCCACUCCAGCAAACAGAUUCUAUACCUCGACAUGGUAGAUGAGAUUUGUUGCACUGUUCUGAGUCUGAAAUCGACCACCAAAUCAAGGUCAGAUUCUUAUUAGCUGUUUUUCUUAUUUUAAACCUCUGCUCCUUCUACUAUUGACCAAAUAAAAGCUUUACUUGACGCAACCGGAUUUUUUUUUCUUAUUAUCUGGUGAUGAGGAAUCUGUCAAUUUUCUGGGGUUGUCACCUACUUAAAACCAGCUAGGGCUUCGCAGGAUUUACGCGCUAUAUAUGUUUGUUUUCUUCAACUUUGCAUAAAAAAUCCAUCCAACUCCAAGAAGGGUCACAGCAGAUUCGCCUUUUCAUUUGGGUUUCUUCACUUCGGUCGUUUUCAAUUCGUAGAUCAUAAAGGUGCCAUUUUUUCUGUUCUUUGUACAUUUCUCUUCGUGGGUUUUAAUACUGAUUAUACCUCUGAUUGAAAUAGCUGUAGACUGUAGUUCGUGAACUGCUUUUCCCGUCUAAAAAUUCCAUAUUUCUCUCCCUCGGUCAGUUCUCCUCUUGGGAUUUUGGUUUCGAUUACGAACCCUAGAGGUCAGCUCCAAUUAAGCUUAAACAGAACCCAUCUAUAUGUUAUUUGAUUGAUUUUCAUAUAGAUGAUGAUGGAGUUUAGAAAAGUUCAUUUGCUCAUAUGGGUCUUUUCAAUCUUGAAUUUGACAUGCUUUUCCAGUGGAUUUUCUCCUGUAGACAAUUACCUUAUAGACUGUGGAUCAACCUCCAAUACUACGGUAGGUGAUCGUGUCUUUGUUUCUGAAAGCCAUGCUUCUCGCUUCCUUUCAACCCCACGAGAAAUCUUUGCCAAGAUUUCAAAAUCAGUCACUUCAUCUGAUGAUUCACCGCUCUAUGAGACGGCAAGGAUCCUUGAUGGAACCUCAAAAUAUAGUUUUUCGAUUGGGAAAUCCGGGAGACACUGGAUCCGCCUUUACUUUUAUCCCUUUGUUCAUGACAGCUACAACAUGAGCAAGGCAAAUUUCACUGUCUCUGCCCAAAAUUUUGUCCUCCUGAGUGAUUUUGGCACGGCCACUAAUCUUGUCAAAGAAUUUUCAGUAAAUGUAACCUCAGAUACUCUUGUUAUCACUUUCACCCCUGUCAGCAACUCGUUUGCAUUCUUGAAUGCCUUAGAAGUUGUUUCUGUUCCUGAUGAAAUCAUUACUGAUGAUGCCGGAACCUAUAGUCCGAAUGGCAGAUUCCAAGGCCUGCUUUCACAAGCAUUGGAGACAGUUGCAAGAGUGAACAUGGGUGGACCAACAGUCUCCUUUGAAAAUGACACCCUCUGGCGAACUUGGGUUCCUGAUCGAAGUUUCAUAGUACAGACAAAUCUUGCUGCGAAUGUUUCCAAUAUUAGAGCUGUGAAUUAUGUGAAGGGGGGUGCAACUCCAGAUAUUGCACCAAAUACUGUAUAUGGUACUGCUACAAAGAUGAACUCAGCGGAUGAUCCCAACAGCAAUUUUAACGUUACCUGGGAGUUCAGUGUGGAUCCUGGAUUUCAGUACCUUGUUCGCUUUCACUUUUGCGACAUAGUGAGCAAAUCUCUCAACCAGCUUUACUUCAAUGUUUAUAUUGACACCUCUAUCGUUGUUGGGGAUCUUGAUCUGAGUUCUUAUCUGGUUAACACUUUGGCUGCUGCAUAUUAUGCGGAUUAUGUCACACCGUUGACUGCUAGCAGCAAGCUUCGUGUAAGCAUUGGCCCUUCUACUACUAUCAAUGUUUAUCCUGAUGCCAUUCUGAAUGGACUGGAGAUAUUGAAAAUGAACAAUUCCAUGGGCAGCCUCAGUGGACCAGCCACUAUUUCUUCAGCUACAGGUUCGAAGAAAAAUGUGGGAGCGAUUGUGGGUGGGAGCAUCGGAGCAUUUAUUGCAGUGUUGUUUAUAGGAAUUAUCUUUACUUUGUGCAGAAAGAGAAGAAGAUUGACACAUGGUCCUUCCAAGUCAUGGAUUCCUUUGUCUGUGAAUGGAGGAAACUCUCACACUACGGUAAGUAAAUACUCUAAUGGAACAGCAGUUAGCACUGGAUCAAACUUGGGAUAUUGCUAUCCUUUUGCAGCAAUUCAAGAGGCCACAAACAACUUCGAUGAAAGUUGGGUUAUUGGAAUUGGUGGGUUUGGAAAGGUAUACAAGGGAACACUAGCUGAUGGCACAAAAGUGGCUGUUAAGAGGGGAAAUCCGCGUUCCCAACAAGGACUUGCAGAGUUUCAGACGGAAAUUGAGAUGUUGUCUCAGUUCCGCCAUCGCCAUUUAGUUUCAUUAAUUGGGUAUUGUGACGAGAAGAAUGAGAUGAUAUUGAUUUAUGAAUAUAUGGAAAAUGGGACCCUAAAGGGUCACCUCUAUGGCUCAGGUCUUCCCAACUUGAGUUGGAAGCAGAGGCUCGAGAUAUGCAUUGGAGCAGCUAGAGGGCUUCACUAUCUCCAUACGGGCUAUGCAAAAGCUGUUAUCCAUCGCGACGUAAAAUCUGCAAAUAUCUUGCUUGAUGAGAAUUUCAUGGCCAAAGUUGCUGAUUUUGGACUCUCAAAGACAGGUCCCGAGAUCGAUCAGACCCAUGUGAGUACAGCAGUAAAAGGGAGUUUUGGUUACUUAGAUCCAGAAUAUUUCAGAAGGCAACAGUUGACAGAGAAAUCUGACGUGUAUUCAUUCGGCGUGGUUUUAUUUGAAGUUGUUUGUGCAAGACCUGUGAUAGAUCCUUCACUCCCUAGGGAAAUGGUGAACUUGGCUGAAUGGGCGAUGAAAUGGCAAACGAGAGGUCAGCUGGAGCAAAUAAUUGAUUCCAAUCUGGUCGGCAGAAUCCAACCAGAUUCUCUGAGGAAGUUUGGAGAAACUGCUGAGAAAUGCUUGGCCGACUUUGGUGUUGACAGGCCUUCUAUGGGAGAUGUCUUAUGGAACUUGGAGUAUGCCCUUCAACUUCAAACAGCAGUUCCUGAAGGUGAUCCAAAAGAGAAUAGUACCAAUAUGAUUGGCGAGCUCGCUCCUCAAAUAAACAACUUCAGUCAGGCCGAUAGCAAUGUUUCUGUUACACAAUUCGAAGCAUCGAGCGUGGAUGAUCUAUCAGGUGUUUCCAUGAGUCGGGUGUUCGCGCAGCUUGUGAAGUCUGAGGGUAGGUGACUCCUCAAAGAUGCCAUCUUCCAUGGCCUUUAGCCCUUGCAGAAAAAUUCUUUGGGCAGCACACUGCUUCAAACAUCAAACUGGGGCAAUGCAGGUACUUAGUACUUAGUAGUUGGACAGAAGUUGAAGUGGAUAAGAUGAAACUGCAUGUGGGAUUGAGUUAUUUGUACAGCAAAGGGAAACUCUUGGAUGAAAUGCAGAGAUAUUCAGUUAUGAUUCUCUCUGUUAGUUGUGUUGAA